UACAAAAAAUUAAAAAAAAGAAGAUGGGAAUUCUGUUUUUCUUUUAUUCACUUGUCUGUUUUUUGUUGGUAAUUAGUGAAAGCUUUUCUUCUUCCUCUGUGAUGAUGCAUCAUGUUUGCUCUCCCACUGAAGCUUUUGCUUUGCUUCACUUCAAACAAUCUUUUCAAAUCUCUAACCAACCUAGCUGUUGGGUUGAGAUUAAUCUGCCAGAUAUGACCUUUGUUGAUAUCCCAAAAACAAAGUCUUGGAAUGAGAGUAGGGAUUGCUGCAGUUGGGACGGGGUAACUUGUGACAUGUUAACCGGUCAUGUUAUCGGAUUGGACCUUAGUUGCAGUCUGCUUAAUGGAACUAUUCAUCCCAAUAGCAGCCUCUUCCAACUCCAUCAUCUCCAGACACUAAACCUUGCUCGCAAUGACUUCUAUUCUUCUUCAAUCCCACAUAACAUUGGCCGAUUGACGAAUUUGAGGCAUCUCAACCUUUCUCAAUCUUUCUUUGUAGGGGAAAUUCCAACAGAAAUAUCAUACCUUUCCAAUUUGGUUUCACUUGAACUUAAUUGUUAUGAAUGUGAACUUGAUGAGAGAACAUUUGAAACAAUUCUUCAAAACUUCACAAAUCUGGAGGUAGUUUCUCUCUGUGGUGUCAACAUCUCAUCUUCAAUACCUGUGAAUAUUUCUUCUUUCUCCUUAAGGUACGUGGAUCUUAGACAUACUAAUCUGCGAGGUUUUAUCACAGAGAGCUUUUUCCUUCUGCCAGGAUUGGAAAGGCUCUAUUUGAGUGACAAUGAUCUUCUCAAAGGAGUUUUACCAAAGAUCCACCCGAGCAACACUCUGUUGGAGCUGGAUAUUUCAUUCACAGGAAUCUCCGGUGAGCUGCCUGAUUCAAUUGGCACCUUGAGUUCCUUGAAUAUCUUGAAUUUUCUUAAUAAUCAUUUCACCGGCUAUAUUCCUUCCACAAUCUCUAAAUUGAAGCACCUCACAUCCCUAGAUCUCUCGUCCAACUCCUUUUCAGGUGAAAUUCCCGAUAUUUUUUCUAACCUCCAAGAGCUACGUUUUUUAUAUCUUCAUAACAACAGCUUCAUCGGUUCGUUUCCUUCUACAAUUGUAAGCUUGACACAUCUUCAAGACUUAGACUUGUCGAGUAAUUCCCUAUCUGGCCCACUGCCUAAUAAUGUGAGCAUGCCUCAAGAGCUAACCAAACUGGAUCUGUCGUACAACUCACUGAAUGGUACCAUACCAUCUUCGGUGUUUAGCCUCCCUUUGCUAUCUUCAUUGUCUCUCCAACAUAAUCAAUUUAGUGGACUAGCCGAUGAGUUCAAAACAAACUCAACAUUAGAUUACCUAGAUUUAAGCCAUAAUCAACUCAGUGGUUCAUUUCCUCAAUCACUUGCGAGUCUCACAAACCUUUCUACCCUCACCCUUUCAUCAAAUAACAUCACCUUCGAUGAGGGAAUACACAUCACUUUUCCUAGCCUACAAGAUUUGCAUUUAUCGUCUUGUGAACUGAAGGAUUUUCCACACUUCUUGAGAAAUGUAAAGACACUUACGGUCUUGGAUAUUUCUAACAAUAAGAUUCGUGGCCAAAUCCCAAACUGGUUUAGUAGCAUAAGGUGGGACUACUUGUACUACCUAAAUCUUUCGCAUAAUUCUUUAACAGGCCACCUACAACAAUUUCAUUUCCAUAAUCUAAGGUAUCUUGAUCUUAAAUUUAACUCCCUUCAGGGUCCACUCUCUUCAUCCAUUUGUAACAUGAGCGAUCUUAAAUUUCUAGAUUUAUCACUCAACAACUUCAGUAACUUGAUUCCAAGUUGCUUGGGAAAUCUUCAAUUUCUAGAUUUAUCACGCAACGACUUCAGUAACUCGAUUCCAAGUUGCUUGGGAAGCAUGUCUAGUCUAACAGUGUUGGACUUAAGAAGGAACAAUUUCACAGGGAGUCUUCCCCCAUUAUGUGCAUAG